CGUACCACCACGCCAAUACCCACUUGCGCAAAUCUAUUCCUCUUCUUUCCUUGACCAUUAUCGUUGUUGCCUCUCCCCCCCUCCUCCUCUUCAUCGUCGUCGUGGGCCUCCUCCGUAGCGUGCUCUCCUUCGCGUCCUUCUCUGAUCAUGAAGUGUGAAUGAUCUAAGCACUGGCCGCCCAAAUCACAACAAAGCACCGGAGGAGCGUGGAGACGUCGGCCAUCAACCAGCAUGGCGGCAGUGACGGUGGAUACAGCCAUAGACGUUGGCUACAUAGCCCAAUCGUACUCUGUUCCGGAGCCUACCAUCGCUACUUUACUCGACGCACCGACUGUUGAGCACGUGAGGGAGCUGUUGGUGAAGAUCGAAGAGAAGGCACGCGAGUACGAAGAAGCGCAGGCAGCGAAGUUGAGGACGGAAGUGGAGCUGGAGACAGCGGUGCGCACCGGCAAUGCUCGCGCCAAGCAGCUCAAGGAUGCAAACGAAAAGGCCCUAAAGGAGAUCGAAGAGCUCAGAAGGAAGUUGGCUUCGGAAGAGACUGCGCGUGCACAGCUGGAGUCUGAAUUGCAAAACCUCAAGUCUUCGUCCUCAACAACAUCCUCUCAGGUCGAAGCUUUCCAGAGCCGCAUAGCCUCCCUCGAGUCCGCGAACCGGGAUGCGCUUGCACUGUUAGAAUCGAAAUCCACGGCAUACGACAAGCUAGGCGAGGAACUUGCGGCGCAGCAACAGAAGAUUGUCGCUUUGCGCCGCGAAGUGACCGAAUUGGAAGCAAAAGUCCAAUCCGCCGACAACGCGGCUCUCCAAUUCAAGUUCCGCGAGCAGCGUCUCGAAGAGGAGGUCUCAUUGCUCAAGAAGCGUGACGAAUGGCACGAGGAGGAGCUGAAGCGCCGAACGAGCGAGCACACAAAGUAUCGAAAGGAAAAGACGGCCCAGAUUGCAGAACUACAGCGCAACAUAGAAGAUGUGACGCAAUCAAACGAAACCCUGCGUUCGACCGAGACUCAACUGCGAAAUAGACUGGAUGAGGUAACUCGUAAAUUGGAGGAUGCAUACGCCCAGAUCCAGAGCAAAGAUGAGGAUGCUGUUCGUCGGGAGAACUCGUCGCGUGCAGAGAGAGAUAAUGCACUUAGACUCGCCGAACUGCAGAAGAAGAGCGCAGAGACGGCAAGGGCGCGACAGCAGGAGCUAGAGCAAGCGAUAGACCAACUCAAAGAGGAUGCUGCAAUGGAAAUCGGUAAUCUGCAGGCCGACGUGAAUGCCGAACGCAAGGACAAGGAGGCCGCCGAACGUCGUGUCGAAGAGUUGGAGCAUCGAAUCGACCAGUUACAGACCGAACUCGCCACCUUCCAGGAGCAGGCUCCGACAACCCCACGGCGUGGUCUGAACGGCGUCGGCGUGCACGGCACGCCAGCACGCCCUUCAUCGCCCUUCACUCCGGGAGCAUCUCGCCUCAAGGCCGGCAUGACAAUGACACAGAUGGUGAGCGAGUACUCUAAGCUUAAAGCUGAGCUAGAGCAUGAGCGUCGUACAGCAAAUGAGCUCCGUGCCACUCUCGACGGCAUGAUUACUGACCUUGAGAACAAGCAGCCGGAAAUGGACGAGCUGCAGAUGGAUCGUGACAGGCUUCAGGCAGAGCUCGAGUCUGUAAGCGCGCUUCUCGAGCAGUCACAUCAAGAACGAGACGAGGCUCGAAAGGCAGCGAGAGUAAGCCAGAGCGCUGCACAGGGAUUGGAGAAGCACAACAAACUCCUCCAACAGCAAGUACGGGAUCUUAGCUUCCAGAUCAGACUUCUUCUGGUCGAGAUUCAAGCCAGGGAGCACAAUCUGGAAAGCCUCAGUCCCGAGUUACAGGCUCAGUACGAAGCGCUUGCUCGUGGAGAAAUGGAUGAGUCUGAGCUUGAGGGACAAUCACCAAAUUGGCGUUUCAUCUCACAGCGACUGGUUGGUUACCGGACGGUCGAGGAGCUACAGAAACUCAAUGCGGAACAACUGUACAUGCUGCGCCAACUCGGCGAGGAACAAGACGGCGAGGAGGCUCAACAACGCAAGGCUCAGAUCGAGAAGGACCAGAAGGAGCUUGAAGAGCUGCGUCUCAAAAUAACGGAGUACAAGGAUGCUAUACAAUCGCUGACAACUCGUUCGGAGAGCUAUAUUCGUGAGCGUGACAUGUUCAGACGCAUGCUUGCUCAUCGUGGCCAACUUCCUCAAGGCGCUGACGCAAGUGCAGUAUUCGGGCAGUCUCUUGACGGCAGUUUUAUGGGCCCAGCAACACCGUCAAGGGCACAGAGCACCGAGCCAUCAGCCGACGCCAAAGCGUUGGCUGAUCAUAUCAAAUUGCUUAAGGAGCUGCAACAGCAUUUUGACGCAUAUCGCGAGGAGGCAGCUACGGAUCAAGCCGCUCUCAAGCGUCAAAAUGACAGCUUAUCACGCGAGAAAUCCGAGCUCCAGGGCGAAAACGCACGUCUGAUAUCGCGCGAAGCUGUCGCCCAGGAGCGUUACAAUCUUCUGCAAUCAAACUUCAGCAUGCUGAAGACUGAGAAUGCAGAAUUACAAAAACGCUUGCAGACCCUCUCUGAGAAUGCAGCCAAGCAAGAUCUUCGCACUCAGCAAGUCGCAGAGGAGCUGAUCGAAGCGAAGAGCCUGGCCGAGAGCAUGCGCAACGAAACAGCUAACUUGAAAGCUGAGAAAGAACUCUGGCGUAACAUCGAGGCUCGACUCACGGAUGAGGCAGUGCAAUUGCGCGAGGAGAGGAGUAGAUUAAACAAGAUGGUAGGGGAUCUGCAGUCGCUUCAGAAUGAACGUGAACUCGCAGAGUCUGAAACAAGGAGACGACUUACGUCCCGGGUAGAGGCUCUGGAGUCGGAGCUUGCCUCUUCAAAGCGUAAGCUUGACGAAGAAAUCGAGCAAGCUAAGAAGGCAGCUCUUAGAAGGGAGUACGAGGCGGAGCAAAACAGACAGCGCAUUGAAGAUCUUCUUAAGAGCUCAGCAAAUUACAAGGAAGAGUUGGUAGCUGUAAAGACCGUACGAGAUCAAUUGCAAGCGCGUGUUGAGGAGCUCAAGAUUGAACUCCGGAACGCCGAAGAGAAGACCAUUGCAUUGCAGCCGAGAUUGACCUCUAGACCUGCACCUGGCCUGCAGCAGCAGACUGACGAGAACGCGUUGACAAGGGAGCAGGAGCUUGGUUUGGAGGUUGCAGACCUGAAACGAGAUCUCGAGCUGAAAGAGGCAGAACUGCAAGGAGUCAAGGAGGAAAUUGAGCAAUACAAGUCAAUUGCUCAGUCUGCCGAGGAGGAGCUGCAAGCCAUGAAUGAAACGAGCGACCAGUUCCGAGCUGAAACAGACGCAGCCAUUGCGGAGAAAGAGGCAAGAAUUGCGGAUCUGGAGAAGCGUGUCGAAGAAAUCUCCACGGAACUCGCAAGCACAAACAGCGAGCUCUCGGAGCUACGAAGCAAGCAGGACGAAGCGACGAGCAAGUUCAACGACCAGAAGAGCAUCUACGAGUCUGAACUCGCACGUUUGAGAGAUGAGUCAGACCGUCUAGCGGAAACUGCACGUCUCCAUCAGGAAGACCUCAAAGCUCAAGCCGAAAUCGCACAGCAGGCACAGCAAAACUAUGAGGAUGAAUUAGUCAAGCAUGCCGAGGCGGCCAGUAGUCUACAGAAGCUCCGUGCAGAAUACAACACACUCAAAACAGAGGUUGCCGGAUACAAGGCCGAGGCUGAAGCUGCCAAGUUGAGUCUAAGCCAGAGCGAAGAGAGUUGGGCGGAGACCAGAAGCAGAUUUGAAGCGGAGAUUACGGAGAUGAAGAACUCCAGGGAGGAGCUGAAGAAUCAAAACCGAAGAUUGCAUGCUCAACUCGAGGACCUGAGCAACCAAAUUAACAAACUCAAACAGAGUCGUGCUGCCGCUGCUACUGCAACUUCUGGAGAUGGUGAUGACGCAUCAGGAACUCCAGACGCGACUAGCAACAAUCUUCAAGAGAUCAUUCGAUAUCUGCGCCAGGAGAAGGAAAUCGUGGAUAUGCAAUAUGAAUUACAAAUCCAAGAAUCCAAGCGGUUGCAACAGCAACUCACGCAUGCUCAGACGCAGCUUGAUGAUGUACGUGAGAAGCUGGAGCAAGAACGCCGUAGCAAUGCAGCGGCAACCGAGCACGCAACAUCUCACUCAAAGCUUAUGCAAACCAUCAACGAACUCAACCUAUUCCGCGAGAGCAACUCAAGCUUGAGGAAUGAAGCGCGAUCUGCGCAGGAGCAGCUAGCAAAGAAGAUCAAGGAGGUUGAAGAUCUUGUUUCGCAGCUGGAACCUCUCCGAGCGAAAAACAGAGAGGCAGAAUAUGAGCUCGAAGCUAAGCAGGGCGAAAUCAAAUUGCUCCAGGAAGACCGCGAUAGAUGGCAAAAGCGCACUCAAGACAUUAUGCAAAAGUAUGAUCGCGUCGAUCCAGCUGAACUUCAGGAGCUUCGCGAUCAGAUAAAUAAACUGACAGAAGAGCGCGACGCUGCAAUUGAAGCCAAGGCACCACUCCAGGAACAGAUCGAUGCAUUCAACGCGAAGCUUGAAGAACAAGAGAAGAAAUUUGGCGAGCGCAUCGAGAAAUUCAAAGAACAGGCCAAGACCAGAGACGCCCAGCGAAGGGAGACAAUCACUCAAAAACAGAACCAGAUCGACGCUGCAAACACAGAACUGAAUAGUCUCAAGGAAGAGCUUGAGGCUACGAAGAAGGCGAGGGAUGAGGCGUUGUCUAGACUUGCCAGUGAGGAGGGACAGGUUAUAGAGAAAGCUGCUAGUCCUGUGGCGGAAGCUGAGAUGACGGGUGGAGAGCGAGCAGAAAUAGAAGCGAGACUCAAAGCUGCAGAAGAAAAGGCCAGCUCUGAAGCAGCUAGAGCAGCGGCUUUGGAGCAGCAAGUUGAGGAGUUGAAGGCGCAGAUUGAGACGCUCAAGGCACAAAUAGCUGAACUAGAGCAGAAUCUCGCGGACGCAAACGCGAAGAUUGCAGAGGGAGCGCAGAGCACCACACAAUCCAUCGAGGAUAGUUCUUCGUCUGAGGAGCUUCAGCGCCUAAAAGCUGAUCUCCUUGCCGCUCAGGAAGAAGUUGAGCGUCUUAAGACAAACCCCGCAAACACUGCAUCGGGCUUGCAGAUCGAUCCUAUGUCACAAGAGCAAAUUGAAGCAGCCAUUGAGGAGAAGAAGAAGGAGCUCGAGAUACAACUAGAAAAGGCCAAGAAGGAGGAAGAGCUUUAUGCCAAACGCACGCUACACAUGAAAAACUCAUUCAACACAAAAAUGCGUGAAGCUAGAGAAAAAUUCGAGGCGGACAUGGCAGCUUUGAAGACUGAACACCAACAAGAGCUUCUGAGAGUCAAGGCUGAGCCAAACAGCACCACUGAUGCUCCAUCCACGACCACGGAGAGUGAAGCGCAGACGGCGACAAAUGGGACUGUUGCUGCUGCUGAGACCAAGCCGGCAGGAUGGCAACCUUCAGAAGAGGAAGUUCGCGAACUUGUACGCACAAGCCCACUUGUCAAAGGCGUCAUCAAAAGCAAUAUCGACAAGGUGGUUCACGUCAAGCUCGAAGAAGCGAAGAAAGCAGCUGAAGCAGAGAAAGAAAAGGCUAUCACGGCCGCUAAAGAAAUGGCCGAGAAGCGCAGCAUGGUCAAGUUGAACAUGGCGAAUAACAAGGCAAACAUGCUAUCGGCUCAAAUCGAUGUCGUAAGGACAGCUGCAACUGAGACGCCUCAACGGCCAGUUGGAGAGGUGUGGGAAAUCGCUAAGAACACCAAACCAGGCGGAACAGUAGCACCAAAGCGGCAGAGCAUUGUACCUAGUGGUCCUUCGCCUGCUCCCCAGCAGCAAAAUGAUGUUCAACAAGCUGGUUCCGCCCCAGCGGCUACUCCAGCGGCUACUCCAGCGGCUACACCAGCUGCUGCAUCUGUUCCUGCCUCGGCCCCUACGCCGGCUCCUGCAACGGCUCCUGCAACGGCUCCUGCAACGGCUCCUGCAACGGCUCCUGCAACGGCUCCUGCUCCGGCUCAACAACUAAAUGUUCCUACGCUAGGUGGCUUUGGCGCGCCUUCUUCACUUCCGCAAGCAGUGCGUCGUCCCUCACAAAGUACCAUCCCCUUCGGUGCACCGAGCUCAUUGCCGGCUCCGCCGGUUCCAAAUCCUUUCGCCGCAGCCGGAACGACACCCGCGUCUGCUCCUGCUGUUCAGCCACAGACAAAAACAGCUGGUGCAGGACGAGGACAGAAUUCUGGCACAGGUCCCGCAGCUCUCAAGGCGGUCGUUCAGAGCAAUGCCAACGCUGCUCCUGCAGCUGCUUCUGGUAUUCCUCGCCCAGGCAGUGCCAUGGGGGGCCCAACGCCAGCGGCACAGGCUCAAACCGGUCGUGGAAGAGGCGGCUCACAGCUACCCCGCGGUGGUUCGAUGCGUGGAGCGCCUGCAAACAGAGGAGCUCCUGCUCAGCGCGGUGGUCGCGGCGGUCAGCAGGCCUCUGGCCUCCCAACGGCGGCAGCAGCAGCUGCUGCUGCCGGCCGCGGAACUGGCAAUUCUAGUCCAAGGGGUGGACGUGGAGGUAUGAAUCCAAAUGCGGCAGGUUUCGUGCCUGGUGCCAAGAGGCCAAACGAUGGAACUGGUGGUAAUGAGGAAAAGAGGGUUAAGGAGGCAUAAACCGGAUACCCGCAAAGAUUCUUUGCGUAUGAUGCUUUCCAUAUGUCGAAAUUAAGAAUUUUCUUUACGUCUUCUCUCUCUCACACACACACAUUGUCCAAAAAUAAGAGAAACUAGCAGAAAAGAAAGGGGUUUUCUUCAGAGAGGGAAUAUCAGCGGGAAUCACCCUCCAUUUGGGUUUUGCUGUAUCAUAAACACAGUCUUCUCUUAGUCCUGUUGACUGCAUACGGCGGCGUUUCGUACAGGAAUCCAUUUGGAUCUUUGCUCAUCGUCUUCUUGAUAUUACCUAGCAUUCUCAAGGUCCAUUCUCGUCGCUAAUGUAGCCUUAACUUUCUUGGUCAAACAACGCUUUGGCAAUG